AUGUUUGCAUUCAAGAACAUCGCUGGCCUCGCCCUACUCCUGGCACAGUCUGUGACUGUCCAGUCUAUGGACCUCGAUAGCAGAAAGGGCAUUCUUGAGGCUUCCAAGGGACUGGCCGGGGACCUUAUUGAGUUUUACAAUGGCAACAAGAGCGGUAACACUCCUGGGCUAUUGGAAAACACCAACGGACUGGGCGAUGGCUACUAUUGGUAUCAAUCAGGAGCUUUCAUGAGCGCCUUCGUCGACUACUGGCAAUUGACCGGCGAUGACACCUACAACGACCUUGUUAGCAAGGGUAUUCAAUGGCAGAUUGGUCGGGACAAGGAUUUUAUGCCAACCAACCAGACUGCACAAGAAGGAAACGAUGAUCAGGCUAUCUGGGCAAUGGCUGCCAUGUCAGCUGCCGAGUAUGGCUUCCCUGCUCCUUCAGACAAGAAGGCCCAGUGGUACGAUCUCGCCAAGAACGCUUGGGAUACACAGCGAAAGCGAUGGGAUGCCGAAGACGAUAGUGAGGUCUGUUACGGUGGUCUCCGAUGGCAAAUAAUGCCCACCAAUACUGGGUUUACCUAUAAGUCAACUUUGUCGAAUGCAUUAUUCUUCAACUUGGGUGCACGCAUCUACCGAUUUACCGGCAGCGACCAGGUCGCCGACUAUGUCACGAUGGCCUACUCUUGGCUCGAGUCCAGAGAGCUUAUUGACCGCAAGACUGGCGCUGUUUACGACGGCGCGCACGUUGAUGACAACUGCACUGAUAUAAACAGGAUCCAGUGGUCUUACAAUGCCGCGUCACUCUCCAUGGGCCUUGCCUACUUGUACAAUACUACCUCUGGCGGCGAGGACGACACGUGGAGGAAGCUUACUGAGAAAAUGGUCACGACUACUCUGGACACGUUCUUCACCAAGAAUGGUGAAUUCAAGGAGGUCGCAUGCAAAACGGACACUUGCCCCCGUGAUAUCCCUACCUACAAGGCUCUCACCCACAGGUGGCUCGCAGUGACCACCCAGCUUGCUCCCUUCUUGUCCGACAAGGUUCUCCCUGUUCUCGUCAAGUCAGCCAAGAGCCUGAAAGCCGAAGGCAAUGGCAAGGAUGCACUGGAGCAGAAGCUUGCCAACUUUGCCAUCGUUUCGAACUUGUUGAUUGCGGACUCUGCUGGUCCCAUGAUUCAAAACCAGACCAAGACAGACGAGGACUCUUCGGAUACUACUAGUUCGGCUACUACCAGCUCGACUGCCACCAAUUCUGAUGCUGCUGCAUCGCCAACGACGAGUGCUGAUCAAGGCAAUUCUGCUAUUAGCAUUGCAGGCUCGAGUAGCUUUUUGGCCAUCUCCAUGCUCAUCAUGGGUUUCCAAUGGCUCCAGUAG